AUCAAAGGCUCGUACACAAGGAUACACGGCAAUUGGGGUAAAAUACAAUAUCUCCAGUUAGAGGCAACAUCUUCAGAUUAAUAAAAAUAAUACUCGCGCUCAGGCCAGCUGAUUUUGUUUUUUAUUCCCUCGCAAAUGAUCAUCAGUUUGGUCUGAAGCAGAUGGAUGUGCAGAUCCAGCUAUGGGAUGGUGCACAGGCUCUAUUCACCUUGCUGUCUUGCAAUGAUCAUGGACCCAGAGCUGUGACUGGCUGAGGAGGUGCCCUGCACUCACUGCAUGGUGUGCGAGCAGCAAUCACCCCACAAGGUCGGUUUGUUUCUUUAUUACAGACUGGGGAUCUGGAGAGAACCGCACAUAAUAAAUAUUCAAAUAGAGACCCUGGCUGCUGCCAGAGUUUUGUUGUUUCUUAUACAUCACUAGAUUGUAACCCCUUGGCUCCCAAAUGUGCUGCUGACCUAUCUGGCAGCUAAGAAGUUAACACCCCUAUAGCAUAUCUGCAGAAUGCGGUCUUCAAAUUAAAACAUAAAGGAGGGGUGUUAAGAAGUAUCAGUAAGGAAUUUAAAAAACAACAAAUUCCCCAGAGAAUUCUAAUCCAAUGAGAUUAGAACAGACAAAUAUUUAGUGUUGAAGUCACAUCCUUGGGUUCUUGUGUGUACUAAACUGUAUAAAAAGGAAGUCAAUGCGGAACUCUGGAUCCUCCUCAAGGAGGAACAAAUCAACCGAGAGAAUAAGGAAGUCGGGCGAAGGGAUCGAUUCUGUUUGCACACAGCUACGGCUCCCUGGGCGCUUCUCACCCGGGGCCAUGUAGUCUGACCUCCGUUAGUAGCGGUGCCCACCACGCGUGACCCGAGCCCCAUCAGCGCCCUGCCGCCCCAGGACACAGUGGAGCUGCAGGGUGCAGCGGGCUGUCCAAUGACCCUGAGAUCACCCGGGACGACAGACAGCCCCAGCAGCGUAAACAGCGGCUCAGUGGAGGGGAAUUCCCCGCAGAGGGUCACAGAACAGGGAGCGGAGCACGAGGACCGAAUUGCACAGUCUAUGGGGGAGCUCCGGAGCUCAGGCUGGUACUGGGGAAAUAUGACUGUUGGAGAAGCAAAAGAACGAUUGCAAGAUGCUCCAGAAGGGACUUUCUUGGUUAGAGACAGUUCACACACUGAUUAUCUUCUGACUAUCUCUGUGAAAACCUCUGCGGGACCAACCAACCUGCGCAUUGAGUACCGAGAAGGGAAAUUUCGCUUGGACUCUGUUGUCUGUGUCAGAUCUAGGUUGAAACAGUUUGACAGUGUUGUCCAUCUUAUUGAGUAUUAUGUUCUUCUUUCCAAGAAUAAGAAGAUUGAAUCUGAAACGCUUCCAAAUCGAACAGUUCACCUCUGGCUAGUAAAGCCACUUUAUGUAUCUACUCCAUCUCUACAGCACCUCUGUAGAAUGACAGUUAAUAAAUGUACUGAUAAGAUUUACGAACUGCCUUUACCUAUGAGACUGAAGGAUUAUAUUACAGAAUACCGCUACCAUGUAUAGACUAAAUACUUUAUAGUACCUGUAGCAUGGAAAAAAAUAUAGCUCUCCAAGAAGCUAUUCAAUAUCAACCAAAAAAAUCUUUGGCAGUCAUCUGUACUAUUUUGAAUGUGAAACUCUACAAAAAAAAAAUGUCAUUUCAUUUCAAGAUGUCAUUGAACUAUAUGCAAAGCUUUUUGGAUUACAAAAAUUAUGGAAUGCAUCUGAUUAUUUUUUUUCUGCAUAUCAUAAAUCCGCUUUAUACAUAUUUUUUUUCACUUCUGUUUAACUGAAAUUACAGGGAUCAUUAUGUCUUCAAGUCUGAGCAUAUCUAUUAAUCAAUGCAAUAUUAUUAUAAAGCCAAAUGAUGUGCACUUCAGCCCUAUUUUCCCAAACCAUAGAUUUUCUCCUAUUUAUAGUUUGAUCUUUUCCUAAAAAAUAGAAUUAACAUGGCCAAAGUUAAUUUGGGUGCCAAAGAAUGUGUCCUAGAAGUUAUUUAACUGUUUUGCAGACAUUGGCUAGACCUUCCAGUUGAAAAAUCUAUUGGCAUGUUAUUUGUACUACAUGGGGAUUUUUAUUUUUAAAUUAUGUGAUAUGGUUCUCAACUGAAACAGAAUCUGCCCAAUUGUUACUUGCUUACAAGUCUUAUGCUGUGGUCUUCUCCAGAUAUUACUGCGAUUAGGAUAUGGGAUCAAAUGUUAUAAACGGGGAUCAAAGAUAUAGUUCAGUGUGCCAAAAUAUUGUUUAAGAUAAGGUAGUCUUACUUUUAUAUUGUUGCUUUUGUAAAUAGAGUUACACUUACUUGAAUUUUUAUCACACCAAUUUUUGGAGGUCUGUUCCAAUCCAUUAGAAAAACCAUUUUUCUGGCUUUUGACAUUUGAGGUCAUUCCAAUCUGUUAGAAAGAUCAGUGAUCACAUGGUUUUCCAGUAGUUGUAUAUCUUAAUAACCUCACCAGUACUUGGUGAAAGCUUUAACACAGGCAAUCUCAGAGGUUAAAAAGUAUAUUAAUAUAGUAAUGCUGGUUGUGCAAAGCUGGGGAAUGGGUAGUACAAGCCUUAUCUAUCUUUCUAAACAAUACAAAAAAAUCCAGUAGACUGUCCUUUUAACCUUAAAUCCAUCAGUAACUUGGGGGGGGGGGGGGGAAUAAUUUUCCACAAAGCGAUAAACAUGAAAAAACUCUAUUAGAUUUUGCAAAGGAGUAAAGUGUUAGUAAAACUUAACAUUUAUUGUUUUAAAAACCGGGAAUAAGAAAACCUAAAAACCCGGGAUAUGUAUAGCCGUGUUCAAUUAAAUUACCCUUGGAGGUAUAUGAUAUGGUAAGUAUCAAAUUCUAAUAUUCGUCCGACUCUGUUUAGACAAUACUAUUGUUUCAAAUCAACCUCUCAACUAAAUUAACAAUAUAAUUGUGCAAUAUAUUUGCUGAUUCAAUUCAACUGUGUACUCAAAAUAACAAUCUAUGGAAAUCAUAUAUGAGGUAUAUAUAUUUGCUCUAAUGUACACCACAAUGUUGUAUAUUAAUUACUCAUUGCUGGCACAACAAAGUUUAUGUUGCUGAACAAGUAUAAGAUCGUCCAUUUUAUUAAAUCAAUUUACUGUGAUCAUUGUUUCAAACUCUAGCACUGAUCUGUAUUAAUUCAUUAUUUAGCAGACUAAGGUCCUGAAAUUCUAUUUUAUAUAUAUAUAUAUAUAUAUAUAUAUAUAUAUAUAUAUACACUGUUCAUCACGUUACCAGUAAGCCUUAUUCACGUUAAUGAGUAGUAUCUCCAUUUUAUCAUAUUUAUCAAUGAUUAAAUUCUGUUUUUAAAGACCAAUAUUUUGACUGCCAUGCAUCCUGUCCAAAAAUUCUGUUAAUCACAUACAGCUAUAGAUAUUAGCUAUAACUUUUCCCAUUAAAAAUGGAUGACUCCCCAAUACUCCCCCCCCCCCCAUGCCCUGACGUGUUUCACCUGAUAAGGCUUUCUCAAUGGUCUUAAAAACGUUAAAAUACAGUUUGGCCUGUUUUUAAGCCUCAUUUUGGGGCACUCCAUUUUUUUUUUUAAGAAUUUAGCAAAAAAAAAAAAGUAUGGUUUCAUUGUUUAAAGCUAUAGAAAGGUCAAAAUUGAAAUGGGCAAGGGUGCAUUUCAAUUUGAAAUAGAAGCAUUUUUGCAAUCUACUCCCAUUAGCAGAAACAAUUUUAGUAAAAAUUAUUAGUUUUUCAGCAGAAUACACACAUAUCCAGUGAAGGCCGUGCACCAGCAUUCAAACACCAUGCCUGCACAGAGAGCGGUGGUGGUGUUUUAUUUCUUUGAAUACUUAAUUUGUGUCAUACCACUGAUGACUGUCUGAAAAGGUGUGGUGUUUGAAUACCGGUGUACGGGCCCUUACAGUGUAUGUGUGUAUGCCACUGAAAAACAGUUAUAACUUUUACUAGUAGGAUUUUUGCUAAUGGAAUUAUAUUAAUAAAUACUUCUAUUUUAAAUUGAAAUGCAACCAUGCACAUUUAGAUAGAUUUUUCUAUCCCUUUGAUAAAGAAAAAUAUAAAUAUAUUGUUUACAUUUUUAUACUGUACUUUUUAAAUUAUGAAGCUUCUGAACAGCUUAUACACUGACACCAAAAUAUUAUUUUAACGUGUUUGGACAUUUUUAGACAGUAAAUUAUUCAUACUUGUAUGAGAUUGUGAGCUGGGCACGUCUUUAAUGUGUACAAAGUGUUAAAUGAAAGCCAUGCAUUAUAAGACAUUAGUCGGUCAUUUUCAAUAUUUUACCAGCUUAUAUUUUACUUUAUCUUUUGAUUACAUAUUUUUUGCUUUCCUGUGAUCUGUGAAAACACUUGAAACUCCUAAUUUUUUAAAAUAUAUUUUGUCUCAUGUUUAAAACUAUUUUUACCCUUACUGGCAAACAUUACUCUACUAUUCCCCUUAAUGUGUUUCUAAUAACUUGUUAUACGAUCUACAUAGUAUUAAAUAUACUGGAAAUUGUUCUUGCAAUUUAAAUAUCUGUUUGAUCAUUAAAACCACCUCCCACAAUGAAAAUUUCAAUACUUAAUUAUUGGCUUGGAAUAUAGAGAAAGCUAGAUAGGAUAAGCAGGUCUUCUGUUCCUUUUGGCUUACCUCAUUUAAAUGUGCAAGUUCUUAAGAACAAUGGAUUGUGGUUUCAAUAAGCAAAACUAGCUAAAGGAGCAAUUUUCAAUACAUUAAGGUAUAAGAUUACGAAUGGCACGCUAACAGUUACGCGUGAGCAAAAAGGAAAUUAUUGUGGGUGUUUGUGCACGUCUUGUAUAGCACUCGUAUUACAAGUUAAAAGUAAACGCUAUCACUUGAGUGCAAUUGAAGUUAACGCGCAUAAGGAUAGCAUGUCCUCAGAGCUCUGGUUAACUGUUUUGUGAAUCAAAAAAGUGUCACAAAACACAUCAAAAAUACAUUUAAAAGUACUGUUACACUCAUAAUAACAUUUUCUGAUAACAAUUAAAAGUUAUAAAGGCUCAGAUAUGAGCCUGUCUUUUUUUUUUUUAACAUAGAGAUACAUACAUACAUACAUACACAUGCCUAUAUUCAUAGUUUCAUGUUGGGUUAGCACACUUGAGAAUAUGCAAUCGGGUUUGUGCACGAGUAGGAUGUUAUUUUUCCCCCCACUUUUUUUAUCCAUUGACUUCUACUGGGAAAUAAGUUAACGCGAUCGUGAUCUUCUUGCAUACAUUGGGUUAGCAUGCGAGCGAAAACGUUUUACUUUCAACUUAUAAUACAAGCGCUACCUGUCGCAUGCAAAAACCUUACUUCUAGGUUAAGGGGGAGCGUUAAAUACCGCUCCUUUUGUAAUCUGGCCCUUACUUUUUGUACCAGCUACAGAAUAUUAACUGGAAACACAUUAAGGGUAACAAUGUUUCAGUACUGUAUCCCUUUAAUGUAUACAUAAUUUGAGUGGUUUUACCAAUUCAAACAGUAGCUGUUCUAAUGGAUUGGAAUGGUAACAAAAAAUAGUUGAGCUCAGUGUUUUCACAUUGAAAUUAUGAUGGAUUGAAAUGGAGGUCAUAAAUUAGAUGAACUUCAUACAAGCCCAGCAAAUAAAUAUUAAUUAAUACCCAAUAUGUAAGCUUCCCUGUCAACAGAUUUGUAGUAUUAAAAAUGCUGUCUUCAUUAGAACUUGAUAUCUAUAAAAAAUACUUUAUAUAAUCAGUAAUCGUGAUCUAUCUAUUGUUAUUGUAUUAUUUAAAAUACUAUUUAAAGGCAACCAUUGUGCAUAACAAUUGAUCAAAACAACUCUGAGGUGUAAAUAAGUGCUCCCUAAAGUAUUUGUUACAAUGUGGUUAAUUUGUUUGCUUUUGGAAUGUAACUGGCAGCAAUAAACAAAAUAAUGUCUCAUGUUACGCUGUUACCCAUGGUAAUGGGCAACCCUAGGGGAUGUUGACCCAGUCAAGAAAUUGUGUUAAACUGGUCAAAUAUUUAAUAUGUUGCUGUGCUUUGUAGGAUUACACUUACAGUUAGGGUCAGCCUAACCUUACGUUCUCCAUUUAAACAUUUGACUACUUAAAGGGACACUGAACCCAAUUUUUUUCUUUCAUGAUUCAGAUAGAACAUGCCAUUUUAACCAACUUUCUAAUUUACUCCUAUUGUCAUUUUUUUUUUGAUUCUCUUGCUAUCUUUAUUUGAAAAGUAAGAAUGUAGAUUUAGAAGCCGGCCCAGUUUUGGUUCACAACCUGGGUUGUGCUUGCUGAUUGGUGGCUAAAUGCACCCACCAAUAAACAAGUGCUGUCCCAAAAAUUGGCUGCCUCCUUAGCUUAGAUGCAUUUUUUAAAUAAAGAUAGCAAGAGAGCGAAGAAAAAUAUAUAAUAGGAGUAAAUUAGAAAGUUGCUUAAAAUUGCAUACUCUAUCUGAAUCAGGAAAUAAAAAAAUGUGGGUUUGGUAUCCCUUUAAGAGUGUUGCUGAUUGUUGCUUUUGUAGCUUCUCAUUCAUUCAAGGGGUUAUGCCAUUACAUUAUUAUAAGAGUAGGUGGAACUACAGAACUAUACAGUGACAUUUAAAUGUUUACCAUUAACUCAAGUUAAUAUCAGAAAUUGUCAACAUUGUGAUGGGUGACAUUUUAAAGUCAUGCUUAACAUUUAAUUGUUGCCUGUGACAUUUCGGUAGGAUACCAUUAAUACAGCUCUUUCCAAGUAGACACAGAUUCUAAGUAAGUUGGCGUUUAACUUCAAAGUAAAAUGCUAUCUGAGGUAAACAUUCUUUUGCCCAGUUGCACUGGAUUUAACACUUCAGGAAUUUUAGUGACAACUAUAUUUUGUUGAAAAGGUUGUACCACUAUUUUUUUUUUAGUCACAUUUUGCAGUUGUUUUACCUUUGAGCACAAUAAACUAAGUUGUGCUUAUACUGCUUUAUAAUAUUUUGUUUACAUUAUGUCAUUGAAUAGACUUGACGUUAUAGGUUUGACACAGUGCCUCUGUAAGCCAACAGGAUGUGCUUUGUGUGGUAAAUAACUGUUACAAAGUUCUUCUGUACAAAUUAUUCCCAUGAUAGAGGGCCACACAUUUAUACAUUUGUUUUUAUCUCAAACCCAUUUAUAUUAGGUUUUUCUGUACAGGAUAUUAAGGCAGUUGGUAUUUGUGUGUGUAUUUAAUUAAAAUUGUAGGAACUUUCAAACAUUUUGCAGAUAAAUUAGGACAACUUUUAAAACCUAGUUACAAAAUGUAACUUAUUCCAUCAUUUAUAUAGUAUUAGUAAACUUAUUUUUUUGAUAUUAAAUAAUCCCAAAGUCCUUGUCACUCCCCUCAAAAGCAGAUAGUGACCCAUAUUUUGUUAAUGGUGCUAUUGCACGGCACCUUUUAGCCGUAGAAUCUAAUUUAUGGCCUGUAUAUCUAAUUGUGCACUGAGGUGUCUAAUGGCACCAACAUAUAUCAAUUGGUACAGAACCUUUUGGACAUGUAGCUAGAAAUGUUUACCAAGAACAGCAGGUAAUAAUAAGUCUGCUGCUAUUCUGAAGUAAUGGUUUUUAUUGUUAUUGAUUCUGUAUCUGUGUAAAGAACCUGUAUGCUACAUGUGAAGUUGAUGUACUUUGAUGGAACUGUAUUUUCAGAGUGUUAUGAAACUGGUACUUGAGGUGCCUUUAGGUGCUGUUUAGGUUUCUAUAGUGGUAAAAUUGCUAUACCUAUCCUCAGUACAAUUUUCCUUUAUACACCAGUUGUUCGUUUAAUCUGGUGCAUCUGAAGGAUCUGCUCAAAUGCAACAAAGUUUGCAUUAUUGUAGUAUCAUCUGCUGCUAACAGUGGCAGCUGAUUUUAAUGUCUACAGUGUAGAAUAUUUUUUUCUAUAUAUUUUCUUUUUUUUUUUUACAAACAUGUCUAUUUAACAAGUGUGUAUUCUCUACUGUAACAAUGAACCAAUAAAAUGUAUAAGGAAACA